GUCCCAUACAAAGAAACAUAGCGAUAAGACUUACCAUCCCGCUCGUUACACUAGAGAUAAAUGUAUUUUCUACGAAUAUCAUCUAUAAGUCUAAUACUUCUAAAUGCCCACACACAAGUUUUUUUGUCCAUUAUGUAAUGUAACUAUAUUUAUCAAAGCGACGUUGAUACCAUGUAGAGGGUCCUGGUAUUACAUCAACGAUGCAAUCGUGAAGGGGUGUGCUUGCUGCUGCAGAGCUUGUGUGCUGUUGCAGACUGGAGCGGUAAUAUUGACUGGACAGAAAACCGUUAGAGGCGCAAAGGAGCGAACGUUGUUGAUCUUGGCGUAAGUUGCGUCUCAGCGAUCGAUCAAUACGCCUCAAGAUGAGUCGCUGCAAGUAUUAAGCACUUGCGCUCACGCAGACCCAGACACUCACCACUAGCAGCAAAACCAAGACGAAUUCAUCUUCGAUGUGCGGAUGUGCACGCUGCAUGACAACGACCAUCAAGAAUAAUGUACCAGCAGUAAGAACCGUUCUUGAGCACCUUUAUUUGCGAUCGCAGUAGGUUGACGCUGGUACUAGAACCACAACGCCUCUCCUGCCGAACAGCAGGCGGACAAGCGACAGCACAGUUCCAGCGAACGCGAAACUAGAAGAGCCAAGUAGUUGAACGACAUUAAGCGAAACUACUCUAGAUCUACAAGAUGUCGGAUAUUGUCAGUACGGCCGUCUCAGCGCUCUUCGAUCCCGACACCGGUAUGGAGGCGCCCUUCGUUGAUGACUUCCGGCAGAGACAAGAUCCACACGUCUCGGUACCCGAUCUUCUACGGAUAUUUUCAAAUUCAUAAGGUUUUUUAUCUAUAUAAUUAGGUUGAGUGCGCUACUCUAUCCCUUAUCUACAUUCAUUUCUUUUUACUUUUCCUAGUUAGGUUGGCUCCACCCAUAUAUUAUAGGUUGAAUGAUAUUUAUAGCUGUUCUUCUUGUUCUUUCCACAAGUUAUGCUCGACUGACUCAAGUUAACAACAGGUAAUGAGCAGGACAAGAAAACAUGAUUAACGAACAAAAAGGUUGUACAUACUACAUGAUUGACUCAAACUUCGUACAGUGUGGGAAGCUUCCUACUUGGGCGGACCUAGCGAAGGAGGUCGAGCACGAGGCCCGAAAUUCACAAGUGCCAAUCGGGGUAGACGAGGUUGAGAACCCUUUUUCUGUCGAUGUACGGCCUUGCAAGAGGAUCAAACUUUACAUGGUACUAUCAAAGGAUCAAACUUUACGUAUAACAAAGCGUUGCAAGAAUUGCAAAGAAAUGUGGAAAUUCUUCUUGGUUGUGGGUCGAGCAAUCGAGUUUCCGUAAAAGCAGUGUCCUUGAAAACUAGUCAUGUUGUAAACCGAUGUAUGACUUCUAAAUACUUAACUUAACUUAGCGAACCUAACCUAACCUAACUUAGCGAAUCAGAUUCGAAUUUUGACCACAGGGUGAUAUUUGUUCCUUGGACGCGCAGGGCUUGUGCUUUGAUGUGUCUUACGCGUUCCCUCCUGCGGAAUCGCCACGUAGCUCACCGAAGCACUACGUGCCGCCACAGAACAAUUAUGGGAACCGCUGAAGCAUCCUCAGCGCCAUCUACCCUGGCUCUUUUUCUACUGGAAAAAGAAGGCACUGGAAAAAGGAUGGUCUCAGCGAUGCGAUCGGGCUAGCUCUAAAACAUUCAGUACCAGCAGAGUGGUGGGCCGUUCUUGUAUAGCAACGACGCCCUAACAGGCGAUGUGACAUCAACGGCUUGUCCAAGUAGCGCUUCUAGUUCGGCCAGUUAUGGUCACCAGGACGACUUGAGUGGUUACUGGGGGAGCACGGUUCCAAGUACCGGGUCUUACCAUGUAGGCGGAAGCAGCAGCUCGACGGCACCAGCAUCCGCGCUCAGUAGAGGUGGAAGCGGGUUUUUGGUGAACGGAGGGUCAGCGGAAGCGUUUCGUGCUCCACCUCCAUCAGGUGGGGCAGACGCGAAUGGUGGAGGACCACAGUAUUUCAAUAUCGGAGAAGACGACGCAGCUAGCACAAUUGCUUGCGAUGUGACUGCCAAUUAUUCCGAUAUUGAGAUCGGAGGAGCUGAUGCUUAA